AUGCCCAAUAAUGACCGCAGAGAUGAGCUGAUCGUGUAUCUUAGUGUGACGCGACCCACGGUAACACAGAAUCAUGUACUCCAGGAUCACAGCCAGGGUUCGAAUGUGAUCCUCUACCUACCGCCAGGUCCGGUGUUCCGAGGCUUCGAUGCACAAAUUUCUGCCUCCGGAACGUCUCAAAUGAAUGAGUACCCGCAUUGGAUAGAUGACGGACCACUUGGGCAUCUAAGCUCCACGCAGCGCUUGGCGAUUAGAGCGUCCGCGAUAGUGGUAACCAUCAACUAUCGCUUAGGAAGACCAGAUGAAUGUUCACCUGUUUCAGAGGUACCCCAGGAUUUUGAGCAGCCAUUAUCUGUACAUGCGAGAGAGCCCAAGCUCUAUCAAUUUCCUACGCCGGUGCAUGAUACUCUGGCCGGAUUCGAUUGGGUGCAAACCCACCUAAAACCAGCAAAGCUCGGGAUCUUUGGCUCACAAGUCGGAGGCUCGUUAGCUCUUAUGCUCGCCUUGACAGAAGCACGGUCUGUUCACGCUGUGGCAGCAGCCUCGCCCAUAUGCGACUGGUCAGGACUGGACGAGCAUUGCACAACACAAGAAGCGAUAGACUCUCAAACCCCAACCAAAAAAUUAAGGCGCACUUCUAAGAAAAAUGGCCCGGCGCCGUGGGAUCUAAUUCCUCUUCUACAAGCGCGAGAGCAAUUCUUCGCUACUCCAGAGCAGAGCUUUGAUGCGUUCGCGUCGCCAGUCCUGUUACUUCGCUCUGCCGGUCGGGACGUCCCCAAAACUUUCCCGCAGUACCAUACUGGCCCAGAUUACCCUGUCCCGAUUCUCAAGGAUGACUCGGACUUUGUCGCUGACUGGGUAUGGGACCGCGAUGCAUACCCUGACAUUGAUUCAGACAAUGCCGAUAGCGAAAGCCUAGUUGAUUCGUCGCCACGUAUCCGCCGUCGAAAAGCUCUUUCACGCUGGCCCCCGUAUGGGCUAGACUAUGGUAUCAGUCGGGGCAUAUGGUCUGGACCGAGAUUUGGAGUGAAAAGGCUGGAGGUUACGCUUCCGUGGAUCCGGCUCCUUACAGACGAUGUGGUUCCGGGAGCUACCCUUUCAGAUCAUGGGUCCGAAGGUGCGAAAAGGAAAGACGCUCAUAGUAGGCCCAGUGUUCUUGCCCAGCAGGGCGAGGAAAUGGUGUCUGUUCUGCGGCGUGCCUGCUUCUGGGGCCAGGAGAAAGGCGUCGGAGAGCGUCGCGUGACUCUGUCGAGGACUCAUGCCAACCCGGCCGAUGAGGCGGGGAGAUGGUUCGAUGGGAUCUGGGAUAAACCAACUAAUGAUGAUGACUACUAG